GUUUUUAAUGUUAAAACUUUAGUGGCACCUUAAUCCUAAUCCUCCUAAAUCAUUGAGACCACUAUAGUCUAUACCAGCUCAUGUGAUACAGUCUGUCAAACAUCUAUGCUUCUGCUUUUUUCUGUGGAAAACUAGUUGUUCUUCUUCCUAAAGUUGAACUGGCUUUCCUUCUUUUCCUGGAGUUGUUGCCAACCAAAUUAUUCCUCUCACUUGCUUUCUUUAUUUCUUUCUCCUCCUCAACUUAAGUUAAGUUAGUCCUCCACAACUUGGAAGGUGAUCAGCUUGAGUUUCACAUCAUGGCUACUGAGACUGCUGCAUCUGAUCAUGCUUCUACUACUGACGAGCAAUAUGUGAAGAAGGAAAAGGACGAAGCCAUUGCACAAAUGAUAACUUCUUUGGCCAAUGAAGAUGAAGUCAAACAUGACAAGCCUGAGAAUACCCCUUCAUCUAAGACGGAAGAAGAUCAGGUGAAGGCAGAACUUGCUGCAGUUGAGGUUGAAAAACCCGAUAAUUCUCCAGCAUUAGAAGAUAGUCUGAAACGUGACAAGGUUGAGGAUGGACAAACUCCAACACCCCCAACAGAAGGAGAUGAUCAGAAGGUUGAGCCUGAUGUUGCUGUAGAAAAAACUGAAGAUUCUGUGCUAUCAGAUGCAUCUGUUGCUGUUGAAGACAAUGUAAAGGAGGAGAAGGAACUGGUUCCUAACUCACACACUAUCAAUGACACUGAACUAGUUCAUGAUGCAGCCAAUAUCCAGCCAGAUGAGGCACCGUCCACAGAGUCCAUUGUGAAGGAAACACCGCCACAGCAGCUAGAAAAGGAAACUGUGGAAACAGGUGAAGAGAAAGAAGUACAAUCCAAGACAGAAGAUAUUCCAGAAGCAUCAACUGAAACCAUUGACAAAUCAAGCAACACAGAUGACGCUAAUCCUCUGACAGUAUCAGAAGGAGAGGUGGUGAAAGAGGCUCAAGUUUUGGAAACAAGUGCCCAAGUGGAAGAGAAACCUGAGCCUGUGACAAGUGCCCAAGUGGGAGAUAAACCUGAGCCUGUGGCUGCACCAGUGCAAGAACAAACAGAAGAACCAGAAAAAGAAUUGCAAGAGGCUGAGCAACCAAGCACAGUUGCAGUUCCUGAACCAUCAGCUGAAGCCGAUGAGAAACCAAGUGAUGCCAUAGAGGAAAAAGCAACAGGACCCUCAGAAAAUGUAGUGGAAGAAACCAAGAACAAUGAAGCAGUGCCUACAGAAACAGUGGAAGCAGAACCAGUGGUUACUGAAGGUGAGGAAAACCAAGAACCAGUGCAAACCAAUGAAGCAGGGCUUACAGAAACAGUGGAAGCAGAAUCAGUGGUUACUGAAGUUCAUGAAACCCCAGAACCAGUGAAAACGAAUGAAGCGAGGCCUACAGAAACAGUGGAAGCAGAACCAGUGGUUACCGAAGUUGAUGAAAACCCAGAACCAGUGAAAACCAAUGAAGCAGGGCCUACAGAGACAGUUGAAGCAGAACCUGUGGUUACUGAAGUUGAUGAUAACCAGAAAGAACCAGAAAAGCAAGCACUGGAACAAAGUGAAGAGGAAAAACCAGAUACGUCUGCAAUUCCUGAACACUCAGCAGAAAGCAGUGAUACCAUAGAGGAAAAAGCAAGAGAACAAGAUUUUGAAGCAGACGAAUUGAAAGAAACUGACAACUUUGAAACUGAGAAAGCAGAGCCUGUGGCUGCUAAAGUUGAUGAGAGCCAAGGUGAACCAGAAAAACAAGAGGAAGAAGAGCAGCUUAAGACAGUUGUUCCUGAAACAGAAGCUGAAAGUUCAGAGCAACCAGGCAAUAUAGUUGAGGCUCAACCUCCCAAAGACUCGGAUAUUGAUGUGGUGAAAGAGACUAGCAACCUAGAGUUAGAAGCAGUUCCUGGAGAAAUAGAGAAACCAGAAUCUGUGUCUAUUGAAGUGGAGGAAAAACCAACAGAACAACGACAAGUAGGUGAGGAAGUUGGGGAAGUUAGUAAGGAUGUGGAGGUGGUGAAAGAGACUAGCAACUCAAAGUUAGAAGCAGUUCCUAGAGAAAUAGAGAAACCAGAACCUGUGUCUUCUGAAGUGGAGGAAAACUCGAGAGAACAACUACAAGUAGGUCAGGAAGUUGGGGAAGUUAGCAACGAUGUGAAGACUAAGGAAGCAAUUGUGCUUGAGACUUCCAAGAGUGAAGGAACUUCGGAUGACACGAUCAAGGAAGAAAAAACUGAUAAAGAGGAGGAAACUAGCCUCACUGUAAAUGCUGCACAAGUUACAUCAAAUGAGGAACCUCAAGCAAAUCUUGUGGAACCUUCUCCUGAAGUUGCAGACAAGGUUGUUGAAGAGGAUGACAAGAAAGAAUCGAACGUCACUGAUGUAAUUGAAGGAGUAUCAAAUGAAGCGGCUGGAAUUAUAAAAGGUCCAGAACAAGUCUCCACUGAUCAGGAAGCUAAAGCUGGCCAAAAAGAAGAAAGAGAGUAUUCUGUUCCUGCUGCUGUGGAGGAAAAGGUUGUUGUUGAUGUUGCUGCAAAUGAUGAUGACAAGAAGGAACCUGAAGCAUCUAAUGCUGUCCUUGGAUCCUCAACAGAGGUAGAGGUUGAAAGCAAAAAGGUUGAGGAACAGAAUGAAGAAAAGACAGCUACAAUUGAAGCAGAAGAAAGCGUUAGAGAUGAUAAUGGUAGCUUGGUAGUUGAUGACAAGAAAGAAGGGAACACCGACACAAAGGUGGAUGAAAUCUCUAGAGCUAUAAGUGAACCUCUUAGAGAAACACUGGCAUCUAAAUUUCAAGAAAAAGAAGAUGAAUCUGUUGACACUGGAGUGGAUAAGUUAGAGAAAGAACAAGCUGUGGAGCCUGAGAAAACUAAGGUUGAAGCCACCAAGGAAAGUGAUGCAACAAAAAUAUCCAAGGAUCUUCCAAAAGAAACACCAGCCAAGCCAGCUCAAAAGCAAUCAAAUAACAUCAUAUCUAAGGUUAAACAGUCACUAGUGAAAGCUAAGAAAGCUAUCACUGGCAAAUCUCCAUCCUCCAAAAACCUUUCAUCGGAGCCCAAGGGCGAUAUUAAAGUCAAAUAAUGGAACAGAGUGAACAAGUUUGCAGCAUUUACGUAUUUGCUUCUUUUUUUUUUUUUCAUUGUCGUGGUGCAUAGCAUUAUAGCAUAUUUGUUGGUUUUUAUACAUUGUAAUUUUCUGUUGAAUUUGUUUGAAUGCAAAGAGGCGUGCAGAGUGUAGUGUAUAUAGAAGAAGAUGAUCUAGGCCAUGCUUUAGGCAAUGCUGUAAAAUUUGAUUGUUUUGUUCUGUUUUAUUCUUUUGGAUAAUAUGCAUUGUGUUCUUGUUUGUUGUUGAUAAACGAGGAAAGCAAUUUUCAAUUCGUUGUGUACAUGUUUGUACGUUUUGUAAAAA